UUCUCGCGAGGGCUAGAAUGGCGAUGGCGGCAGCGGCGGCGAUGGCGAUGGCGCUGUCGCGGGCAAUGCCGCUGCUGGAAUCUGCGGCCGUGCUGUAGCUUCGAUCGAUCGAUCGAGAGGGAUCUGCGAUUAUUUAGCAUCCACCGAUCGGCGCAUCAGCUUUUGCAGCAGCGAUGUCGAACGUUUUCUUUGAUCAGCAAUGGGAGAUUGCUAUGCGGCAGCUUGUCGAUGUUCUUGCGAUUGAAGUUCCUUCGUUUUCUUUCUUGGGGCCCCAGAAUUUGUCCGAUUAUUCUCGGAUAUAUAUCAAGUACUAUCAAGUAUAUAGAAUGCUGGAGGAUUGCUAUCAUCAGAUCAUUCACCCUCAAAAGCGCAUCGAUUGCUUGAAGUCCUUGGAGGCGGUAAUUGGGAGAAUUCUCGAGCUAAAACAUUGGAUGGUGUUUCUGAACGCCGGGAAGGAGAUUAUUUACCUGGAAGACCUUUUGCUGAAUUUGGAACUGACUCCCGAUGCUCUGGAUGUGGUUCCGCCUCGUCUUUUGACUGCUGACAACCUCCGGAAUCUUGAAACACGAGACAAUUUCUUGAUCAAGGUCCUGCAACAAGAGAAGGAACAGCACGAACAAGAAGGCUCUGCCGAUUCUCAAUCACCAGAUAGCAAGUUCCCUGUCUAUACACCAGAGGAGGCAAUUGCAAUAUUACAGGCUAAUGAACGAGGCAGGCAAGCACGUCAUAGACUUGCUACUUUGGCCAAGACACGAUUCACACAAGAAGAAGCUUUGAAAAAGCAACAGGCAGGUCACGAACCUUUAACUCAAGAAGGUGCUGCAGUUGUUAUGCAGUCCGCAGCCCGAGGAUUUCUAGAAAGGUGUCGGGUAAAACAUUCGGCUGAAGACGAGCUUACUCUACUCGAAAUGAAUAUGUAUGAGCGCAACAGCGAUCGGGACUACGCCUUCGGUUUUAUGAGAGAAACAGAAUUGAGAAGAAGGAAGAACCAGCUAUUGAGCUAUCAGGAAUACCAGGACGCAAUGGCACUUGCAAAGGAGCAGAUUAAAGAGCUGGAGGGACAAGAAAUGAGGGAGAUAAUCCAGGAGAAAAUAAACGCAUGGCUUAACGCGAACAGAGAUCCGGAUACUGGCUUGUUUCCGCCCUUUCCAAAGCCAGCUGACGGUGGGAGUAAACUCAUAGUCUUUCCGCCGCCAAAGUUCGACUUUGAAGUCGAAACUAAGAAGAAGAAAGAUGCUAAAAAGGACGACAAGAAGAAGAAAAAGAAAAAAGCCAGUCCAUUUCCUCCGUUGGUGUUCCCUGUGGACGACGAGGAGAAGCCUCCAUCGUGUCCUGCAUUUUUUCUGCGACACGUACGAGAAUCUGUGGAUGUUUACACUCAUAGCUGGCAUGACAAAGACGACUCGGCGAAUUUGGCUCAAAAACAUGACACUGACAGACUAAAAGGACAGCUUCGACCGAUGGUGUUCGAAGAGAUAAGACUAGAAGUUGAUCAAAAUACACGAGUAAUUCUCGACCGAGUCAAGAAAAAAAUACUCGCGGAGCUCAAAGCAGCCAGGAAAAAGCAAAAGAAGGGUGCCAAGGAAAAGAAGAAAGAGAAGAAGAAAGACAAAGACAAGGAUGCGCCGCCCCCUGCCAAAAAGAAGCCUAAGAAACCGAAGGAUCCGACAGCUCAAAGAACAAUCGAAUCCAUAUACUCGGAACUUGUGAAAAACGGGAUUGUCCAGCUUCUUCCCAAAAGAGAGCUGUCGGAUUAUGUUUCUACGGAAACUUUCUAUGGUCCAACGUUUGAGGUUGAUCCGACUGGGUUUGAUCCCACCACAGCUCAGGUAAAGAGAGCAGUUGUGGAGUAUUGUAUCAUGCCUCUCGUGUCGGACUUUGUGCAUCAGAAUGCUCCGUAUAUAAAGUCAGUCCUUCUUUACGGGGCAGAAGGCAACGGGAAAACUCUACUGGUACACGCAUCGGCACGGGCUGCUGGCGCAGCAUACUUCAACUUGUCCCCACAAGUGCUGGAUGGAAAAUAUCCUGGGAAACAAGGUCCCAAGAUGCUUCAAAUGGUUUUCAAGCUUGCGAGAAUAAUGGCACCUUCGGUGGUCCAUAUCUCUGGUGUUGAAAAGCUUUUCGUAACGGAUCGGAAAAAGAUAAAGACAUGGGGCCUCAAGGACAAACCAAACAGAAUUAAGAAAGCUCUUACCAAAGAAGUUAAAAACAUUAAACCGGGAGAACGAGUUCUCUUCCUCGGGACAUCCUCCAGACCACAGGAUGCGCCUGGGAAACGACCUGUGUUCCCGAAUUUUUUCACCAAGAGGAUUUACGUUCCAUUUCCCGAUUAUGGAUCAAGGUCGAGGAUAUGGCGAGCUUUGAUCGAGAGGCACGGCGGUGUUGUGACGGAGCAAUUCAACUUGUCCACAAUCUCGCAACUUAGCGAUGGUUUCAGCGUUGCCUCCAUUGAGAAGGUUUGCAAAACGGUCCUGACGGAGAAGCGCAAGCGAAAGCUUCGAAGAUUUCCACUGACUAUCAAGGAAGUUAUAAACGACGUUCACAGCACUAAGCCGGUCGAUCCAGCAUUCCAUGAAAGCCUUCGAGAAUGGGCCAAACCGAAGAAACCAGCCGACAAAAAAGGUGGCAAAGACGCCAAAGGGAAAGGAAAAGGCAAAGGGAAAGGAAAGAAGAAAUGAAAAAUUUCGCUUAUAUUUGAGAUUUGCCAGCUAUAAUUGCAAAUAGGGUUAGGGUUUGCG